GAGCUGAAUUUCAUCUCUCUCUCUCUCUUUCCCACUCUGAUAUUUUUUGGGGUUUGAGUUGCGAAAAUGGAGAUAUUUUACUACCUGGUUUUCGGGUUCUUUGGUUUGGUUGUGGCGGCAAUGGAGCUGAGCAGAAACAACAAAGAUCGAAUCAAUACAUCGCCGGCUUUCAAUUCAUUCAAGAACAAUUACCUUCUCGUAUACUCGCUCAUGAUGGCGGGGGACUGGUUGCAAGGUCCUUAUGUUUACUACCUUUACAGUACGUAUGGGUUUGGUAAAGGUGAGAUCGGACAGCUCUUUAUUGCUGGUUUUGGCUCCUCUAUGCUGUUCGGAACAGUUGUUGGUUCUCUAGCUGACAAACAGGGUCGUAAGAGGGCAUGCGUGACUUACUGUAUUACUUACAUACUGAGCUGUAUUACCAAGCAUUCUCCUCAGUACAGAGUUUUGAUGGUUGGCCGUGUUUUGGGAGGUAUUGCCACUUCUCUUCUGUUUUCAGCAUUCGAGUCAUGGCUUGUUGCAGAACACAACAAGAGAGGCUUUGAACAACAAUGGUUGUCAAUAACAUUCUCAAAGGCAAUAUUUCUUGGCAAUGGCCUUGUUGCUAUUAUAGCUGGUUUGUUCGGGAAUCUACUUGUUGACUCAUUUUCUCUUGGACCUGUUGCACCCUUUGAUGCUGCUUCAUGCUUUCUUGCUAUUGGUAUGGCGGUCAUAUUAUCUUCAUGGUCAGAGAACUAUGGGGAUCCUUCUGAGAACAAGGACUUGCUUACCCAAUUCAGGGGUGCUGCUGUGGCCAUUGCUUCCGAUGAAAAAAUUGCCUUGCUCGGGGCAAUUCAGUCUCUGUUUGAGGGCUCAAUGUACACAUUUGUGUUUCUCUGGACUCCUGCUCUAAGCCCAAAUGACGAGGACAUUCCUCACGGAUUUAUCUUUGCAACAUUCAUGUUGGCUUCAAUGUUGGGAAGCUCCCUUGCUUCUAGGUUGAUGGCUCGCCAAUCUAUCAGGGUUGAGAGCUAUAUGCAGAUUGUUUUCGCUGCUGCCUCAGCAUCACUUCUGCUUCCCAUUUUGACCACUUUCUUCGUAACUCCUUCCACGGAGCAAGGCAAGGGCAUCUCAUUUGGAGGAUGCAUUCAGCUUCUUGGCUUCUGUAUCUUCGAAGCUUGUUGUGGAAUUUUUUGGCCAUCCAUUAUGAAGAUGAGGUCCCAAUACAUUCCCGAGGAGGCUAGAAGCACCAUCAUGAACUUCUUCAGAAUCCCUCUCAAUAUCUUCGUCUGCAUUGUGCUAUACAACGUGAGUGCAUUCCCGAUCACUUUUAUGUUCGGUAUGUGCUCGGUUUUCCUCUUAGUGGCAUGCUUCUUGCAGAGGAGGCUCUUCAACAUCUCCGAAAAGCCAAAAACUGAAGACUGGGAAGCAAUGAAGGAAAGGGACACCGAAUCAGACCCGUUAAACAUCUAAUUGAGAGAUUAGUGGAGACAGACCGCCGGAUUUUUUUAAGUGGAUGGCGUAACCGCCGCCGCCAGCCAUCUAUCUAAUUCAAUUAAAAAAUAUAUACUGUGCUGCUGCAAUUGCAAUUCGUGUUAGCUGAAGGUGUAUUCAAUUUGAUAGUGAAGAAGACAAACAACUUGUAAGAAAAAUAGUGGUCUGCCCAACAAAAAGGAAAUGGAGAGGAAGAAGAAGUGUGAGUUAGGAGGAACUAUUUUGUAAUUUUUUUCUGUUCUUUUUUGGCUGUGAAUUAGUGGUAGCGCAUUAAUUUUCAAUUUUUAGCAUUUACUGUCGAGAAAGAAAUAUGAAAUAUCUACCCAUGUAUGCCAGUGCCAGUGCCAAUAUUAUUCUUUUUCUACGAUACCA